UCCCGGGAGCCCCUUGAAGGACACAUUGUAGAUGUAGAAAGACGUUGGAUGAGGACAGCCCAGCUGCAGUGAGGUGUCUAGGACAGAGCAUGGCUGUAGCCCUGGAAUCCCGGGCCCAGGCCUCUCCCCCACCAGAGCUGGAAGAACUCCUGAUUGUGAAACUGGAGGAGGACGCGUGGAGAUCAGAAUCCAGACCUCAGGAGAAAGACCAUGACCCUGUCCCUGGCCCCGAGGCCUCCCGCCAGCGCUUCAGGCAGUUCCAGUACAGGGAUGCGUCUGGACCCCACGAGGCCUUCAGCCAGCUCUGGGCGCUCUGCUGUCGCUGGCUGAGGCCAGAGGUCCGUGUCAAAGAGCAGAUCCUGGAGCUGCUGGUGCUGGAGCAGUUCCUGACUAUCUUGCCCAGGGAGGUCCAGGCCUGGGUGCAGGCGCGCCACCCUGAGAGCGGUGAGGAGGCGGUGGCCCUGGUGGAGGACUGGCACCGAGAGGCCCGGGCCGCAGGACAGCGGGGACUGGGGUCGUGUGGAAAGGAGACGAGGUCCGCAGAGGCACCGCGGGAGUCCCGGAGCUUUCAGCGGCCGCCAGUGGACCGCUGGCCCAAGCCGCAGCCCCAGACGCAGUGGGUGAGAGACCCGUGCCCUGACCUUCCCAAGCAUCUGGACACCAAGACGCCACCCCAGGCCCUGAAAGAGAGUGCUGUCCUCACUCCCCGAGUCCCUACUCUCCCAAAGAUGGGGAGCGUUGGAGAUUGGGAGGUGACAGCUGAGUCCCAGGAAGCCCUGGGCCCCGGCAGACAUGCUGAGAAGGAGUUCCACAAAGCGCCCCCAGGAGAAAACUGUGGGAACGGCGUGCCCCUGGGAGUUCUAGUUUCAAAACCAAAUAUCGUCUCCCAGCGGGAGCAAGGACCAGAAUUUUGGGGUCUGAAUCUUAUGAAUUCUGGAAAAAGGAACACUGCAGAUUAUAGCCUGGAUAAUGAGCAAGUAAAACCAGCGCCAGCGUUGACCUGGAGGGACUCAAAGGCCUGGGAAGAACAAUACCAGUGGGACGUGGAGGACAUGAAGGUGUCAGGUGUGCACUGGGGCUAUGAGGAAACCAAGACUUUCCUGGCAAUUUUGAGUGAGUCUCCCUUCUCUGAGAAGCUCCGGACUUGUCACCAGAACCGCCAGGUGUACCGGGCCAUUGCAGAGCGGCUGAGGGCACGGGGCUUCCUGCGGACACUGGAGCAGUGUCGCUACAGGGUCAAAAACCUCCUGCGGAAUUAUCGGAAGGCCAAGAGCAGCCACCCACCGGGGACCUGUCCCUUCUACGAGGAGCUGGAGGCCCUGGUGAGGGCUCGGACAGCCAUCAGAGCUACAGAUGGCCCAGGAGAGGCUGUGGCUCUCCCCAGGCUGGGGGAUAGUGAUGCAGAGAUGGAAGAGCAAGAGGAAGGGAGCUGGGAACCGGAGGAAACAGCAGAAGACUGUAACGGUGAUGACCUGGCCACUGGCGAGUCCGUUCCGGGGCCCAGGAUUCCAGGGGGUCCAACUCUGUUCCAUAGCCGUAUCGGUGUGCACUGGGGCUACGAGGAGACCAAGGCCUUCCUGACAAUUCUCAGUGAGUCCCCAUUCUCUGAAAAGCUUCGCACCUGUCACCAGAACAGCCAGGUGUACCGGGCCAUUGCGGAGCGGCUGUGUGCACAGGGCUUCCUGCGGACACUGGAGCAGUGUCGCUACAGAUUUAAAAACCUCCUUCGAAGCUACCGGAAAGCCAAGAGCAGGCACCCACCAGGGACAUGCCCCUUCUAUGAGGAGCUGGACUCGCUGGUCAGGGCGCGGACUGCGGUUAGAGCUAUGGGGACCAUCAGAGAGGCAGCGGGUCUCCCUAUGUCUGGGCGGAGCAGUGCAGAGGCUGAUGACCAGGAGGCCUGGGAUGAGAUGGCAGAUGAAGAUGUCAUCAAACCUCCAACCCCAUGUCCUAAAACCCCAGACACUGGUUUUGAGAUGAGGCAUGAGGAUGAAGACCAGAGUUCAGAGCAGGAUAUUUUUGAGGAUUUGCCUGGAGCAUUAUCAAAGUGUACUACAGAAGUUGUUUGCCACUCUCACGACUGGGGGGAAGACAGUGAAAAUGAAAAUGAAGGUGAAGAGCGGUCAGGAAAUCCACCCCAGGAACAGUGGGAAGAAUGUUCUUCUGAAGAGGACUUAGAAAAACUUAUUGACCAUCAAGGCCUGUACCUUGCAGAGAAACCCUACAAGUGUGAUACAUGCGUGAAAAGCUUCAGUCGGACCUCCCACUUCAUUGCUCACCAGCGGACACACACAGGUGAGAAGCCCUACAAAUGCCUCAAAUGUGGGAAAAGCUUCAGUGACCGCUCCAACCUCAAUACCCACCAGAGAAUUCACACUGGAGAGAAGCCCUACAAAUGUCUCGAAUGUGGGAAAAGCUUUAGUGACCACUCCAAUCUUGUCACCCACCAGAGAAUCCACACAGGGGUAAAGCCCUAUAAAUGUGGAGAAUGUUGGAAAAGCUUCAACCAGAGUUCAAACCUUCUGAAACAUCAGAGAAUCCACUUGGGAGGAAAGCUUGACCAUUGUAGUGAGUCUGGGGAAAACUUUGGCCAAAGUCCAUCCUUUAGUGCUCACUGGAGGGACUUGGCAGAGGAGACAUCUCCUGAACAACCUCACAGUGCGAGUAAGAACUUGAAUUCUCCUGGGCUGCACAGCACCAACUCAGGGGAGAAACUUUAUCAGUGUUCUGAAUGUGGAAGAACCUUCUCCAAGAGCUCUGCCCUCAUCAGUCACCAAAGAAUUCAUACGGGAGAGAAACCAUAUGAAUGUGCUGAAUGUGGGAAAAGCUUCAGUAAGAGCUCCACGUUGGCUAACCACCAGCGAACCCACACUGGGGAGAAGCCGUAUAAGUGCCCGGACUGUGGGAAGUGCUUCAGUGAACGCUCCAAGCUCAUCACACACCAGAGAGUGCACACAGGAGAGAAGCCCUACAAAUGCCUCGAGUGUGGAAAAUUCUUCCGUGACCGUUCUAAUCUCAUUACUCACCAGAGGAUUCACACAGGAGAGAAGCCUUAUAAGUGCAGAGAGUGUGGGAAAUGCUUCAAUCAGAGCUCUAGUCUUAUUAUUCACCAGAGAAUCCACACUGGGGAAAAACCCUACAAGUGCUUGGAGUGUGGCAAAGACUUCAACAAUAGCUCCCACUUCAGUGCCCACCGGAGAACCCAUGCAGGAGGGAAAACAUCAUAGGAAACAACUCCUCCCACAACAAAAGAGAUACAUGUGUAUUUAAACCUCCCAAGAUUAUAAGGUGUAUGGGAGAAGGGAACAUUCCCUGUUGUUAAGCUUGGUGUAUACCCAGGGAAGUUACCUUAAUGUAAUCCAGGUAAUGUGGAAGGGAAUUACAAAUGUUCAGGAUCCAGAUUUGAAGGCAUUUUUCUUCAGUGUGCUUUGUUUUUCUCCUGUUAAAAAUCUCCACUCAGUCCUCAGGCUGUCCUUCCGUUUGCUGUCGGUUAAGGGCUUUGUCAGUGUUUGAGCCAAACUGAUAGCUUAGGGGACUAGAGGCAAAUCAGUGGUCCUGAGUAGUGAUUUCAAACCUUGCUGUGCCUUCACAUCAUCUGUGUGUUUCCACACCCCGUCAGUACACGUCACAGAAUGUCCUGUAUGCAGUUUUUAGUGGGGUGUAUCCUCAGAGGAGAAUGUGGAGACUGAUGAGAGGGGCAUACUUGAGAGUCUGGCUUAGAGCAGGCCACUGUGAGCUCAGCGAAAAGUAGGAACAGUUACAUAUUACUUAGGCUCUGUGCUAAGCACUUUAUACACAUGAUCUCAUUUAAUCCUCACAACAGCCCUAGGAAGUAGGUACUAAUAUUUCCCCUAUUUCCCAGAAAAGAAAAGCUAGGCUUAGGAAACUGAAGUCACUUGCUUGGGUCACACCCCUGAAAAUGGCAGAGGCAGAAUUCAACCGGACCUGUCCGUCCAGAGCCUGAGGUGUUACCACCACAGCGAAUCCCCACUCACAUUAGGGCAUGUAAGUCAGGCCAGGAUCUCAAAGCACUUUGUAGAGCACACGUCCUGUUGAAAUUCCUCUCUGAAUUCUCCCCAAGGUGAGAGGUCUUGGGAUAUUGAGAACAGUCAAUGUGCGUUGAGCAAGGAUGAAUGAUUGCCACAGCACGAGAUGUGAAUUUCCAUCUGUACAAUAACACGGGUGGGAGAUACAGGUGGGUUGAGAUUGGGGAAACACAUGUAGCCAAAGUGAUGUUUCUUCCAAUGAGAUACUGCUUUGGCUAGGGGAAGAGGGCUUAAAGAUUUCCCUUUUUUCAGAGGGUCAGUCCUGCUUCUUGUUACUUUUGGGUAAGUCGAGUUAAACCUUGCAGGAACCUGGGCUUCUUCACCAGUGUUCAUUCAUCCCUGUUUACUUGCCUCCCUGGCCCUUCCCUCUUGGCAGGGCAGAAGCUUUGCUGCCGAUCCCCAGGCCAAGGCUGAGGCUGAAGGGAGGUGUCAGGAGUGGGUGUGUGUGCGAGAUGCUACUGAGAGGGCUUUGAAUACUGUCCCACCUGAGCCAUCGUGUCCCAAGGCGACCCCAUGCUUGCUAAAUGUUGACCAUUAAGACCAGCCUCCUACACAGACAGGCUAAAGCUGAAGGUUCACUCAAAGAAUAGUUUUCUACUUUUCAGCAUUUAGACGUCCAGAGUUUCUCCUUAGGAGGGUUUAAAAAUACUGACCAAGGACUCUGGUUUCCGUAGGAUUUUAAAAGUCCCUCUCCUGACGUCUGCCUAUGACACUGGGGUGCCUUUCAUACCCUGGUUAUUUCAUGAACUUGGGAGAUACCUAUCAGCAGAUGUGAUGGAACCUUCAAGAGUAGAAUUUUCUGUUCACGUGAGAGGAAGUCAGUGGAGAGACUCGCACUCCCAUUCUGUGGAGAUCACUCCUUAACCCUGUCUGCUUCCCCAAAACCAGUUCACCUGGGGUCACGGCCUGUCAACUCCGUCCCAGCUUCCCUUUCUUGCUUCACAUGAUCUCCAAGGGGCAGGGGUCAUGUGUGAGGCCUGGACAGGAACUAGCAGAUGUCAGUAACUGCAGUAAUAAUAGGGAGCCG